CGAGGCCUUGGGCCGCCGGAGGGCACACAAAGCCGAUACCGCAGCGCACCAACCGACCACCCACCCGUCCGGCCGCAGACCGCCGGUGCAACUGCAAACAGCGCUGGGACCGAUCCCACACAAACUCCUUCUCUUGCACACAAACUCCUUCACUUUCUCUUGCAUCGACCUGUCAUGCACCCACACAGUCCCACCCCAAUCGCCCUCCCAUCGGCACCCAAGGGCCAGCACACCGACUGUGCGCUUGUGCAAGCAUCCGGGCCAACCAGGCGAGGACAUCCGCGUCGCACCGACCGGACCCUCAUCCAGAAACGAACCCCCCCCCCUGUCGUGCAUCUGGACCAGACGCGGACAUCUUUGCCUCCUGUAUUUGCCUCUGCUUUCUGCUUUCUGCUGCUGCUGCUUGCCUGGGCUGUCUGGACGGCGGCCCGGAUGGGCGGCCCCGCAACGCUUGCUGGGUGGUGCUGUCUGUCUGCUGCCGUCGCACCGCUCGCCGGCCUCGCCCUCCACAUAUGGCCGAUCUUCUCCCUCCGCUGUCCUGCACCGCACUCUUGCCUCGUCCGCACCGUCGCUCCUGUCUUCUGUCCAGCGGCUGUUUCGGCCUGAAGCCAAAGCAAGCUUAUCCGGCCCUCCCACCACAUCCACACAUCACCUCCUCGUCAUCCACCCCACCACCCGAUUACAUCCCAUCGUCCGCCUUUCCCUCCAUUC